AUGCAGUUAGGGGAGCAGCUCUUGGUGAGCUCGGUGAACCUGCCUGGCGCGCACUUCUACCCGCUGGAGGGGGCGCGAGGCGGUGGCGGCGGGAGCGCCGGCCACCUCCCGGGAGCGGCCCCCUCGCCUCAGAGGCUGGACUUAGACAAAGCGCCCAAGAAGUUCUCGGGCAGCCUCUCGUGUGAGGCAGGGAGCGGGGAGCCCGCAACCGCCGGUGCGGGGGCCCCCGCGGCCAUGCUCAGUGACGCCGACGCCGGGGACGCCUUUGCCGGCACCGCGGCCGUGGCCAAGCCGGGGCCCCCGGACGGCCGCAAGGGCUCCCCCUGCGGGGAGGAGGAGCUGCCCUCAGCCGCCGCCGCCGCUGCCGCAGCCGCGGCCGCCGCCGCCAGCGCGCGCUACUCCAUGGACAGCCUGAGCUCGGAGCGCUACUACCUCCAGUCCCCCGGGCCUCAGGGCUCCGAGCUGGCCGCGCCCUGCUCGCUGUUCCCGUACCAGGCGGCUGCCGGGGCGCCCCACGGAUCUGUGUACCCGGCUCCCAACGGGGCGCGCUACCCCUACGGCUCCAUGCUGCCCCCCGGCGGCUUCCCCGCGGCCGUGUGCCCACCCGGCAGGGCGCAGUUCGGCCCGGGAGCAGGCGCGAGCGGCUGCGCGGGAGGCAGCGGCGGGGGAGGCGGCCCGGGCGCCUAUCAGUACGGCCAGGGGGCUCCGCUCUACGGGCCGUACUCCGGGGCAGCAGCCGCGGGUUCCUGCGGAGGACUGGGGGGCCUGGGGGUUCCCGGCUCCGGCUUCCGCGCCCACGUCUACCUGUGCAACCGGCCUCUGUGGCUCAAAUUCCACCGCCACCAAACCGAGAUGAUCAUUACGAAGCAGGGCAGACGCAUGUUUCCUUUCUUGAGUUUCAACAUAAACGGACUCAAUCCCACCGCCCACUACAACGUGUUCGUAGAAGUGGUGCUGGCGGACCCCAACCACUGGCGCUUCCAGGGGGGCAAAUGGGUGACCUGCGGAAAAGCCGACAAUAACAUGCAGGGCAACAAAAUGUAUGUUCACCCAGAGUCUCCUAAUACUGGUUCCCACUGGAUGAGACAGGAGAUUUCCUUUGGGAAAUUAAAACUCACCAAUAACAAAGGCGCAAAUAACAACAACACCCAGAUGAUAGUCUUACAGUCUUUACACAAGUACCAACCACGACUGCACAUCGUUGAAGUCACAGAAGAUGGCGUGGAGGACUUGAACGAGCCUUCCAAGACUCAGACCUUCAUCUUCUCAGAAACGCAGUUCAUUGCAGUGACUGCCUACCAAAACACCGAUAUAACUCAACUAAAGAUUGAUCACAACCCCUUUGCAAAAGGCUUCAGGGACAACUAUGACUCCAUGUACACCGCUUCCGAAAAUGACAGGUUAACUCCAUCUCCCACGGAUUCUCCUAGAUCCCAUCAGAUUGUCCCUGGAGGUCGGUACGGCAUUCAGUCCUUCUUCCCGGAGCCCUUUGUCAACACUUUACCUCAAGCCCGAUAUUAUAAUGGCGAGAGAACCGUGCCACAGACCAACGGCCUCCUUUCACCCCAACAGAGCGAAGAGGUGGCCAACCCUCCCCAGCGAUGGCUUGUCACACCUGUCCAGCAACCUGGGACCAACAAACUAGACAUCGGUUCCUAUGAGUCUGAAUAUACUUCCAGCACCUUGCUCCCAUAUGGUAUUAAAUCCUUGCCCCUCCAGACAUCCCAUGCCCUGGGGUAUUACCCCGACCCCACCUUCCCUGCAAUGGCAGGGUGGGGAGGUAGAGGUUCUUAUCAAAGGAAGAUGGCAGCUGGACUCCCGUGGACCUCCAGAACAAGCCCCCCUGUGUUCUCUGAAGAUCAGCUCUCCAAGGAGAAAGUCAAAGAAGAAAUUAGCUCUUCUUGGAUAGAGACACCCCCGUCCAUCAAGUCUCUUGACUCCAAUGAUUCAGGGGUGUACACCAGUGCUUGUAAGCGAAGGCGGCUGUCUCCUAGCUCCUCUAGCAAUGAAAAUUCUCCCUCCAUAAAGUGCGAGGAUAUCAAUGCUGAAGAGUACAGUAAAGACACCUCAAAAGGCAUGGGGGGGUAUUAUGCUUUUUACACGACUCCCUAAAGAGUUAUUUUAACCUCGUCAAAAUGAGCUAACUUUUUGCCGAUGGACUUGGUGGUGUUUUUUUGUUGUCUUCUUUGUCUAGGUUGCC